UCUUUUUUUUUUUUUUUUUUUGGAAAAUGCCCUUUAUUGCCUAUGAUAUUUAUACUGUCAUAUGAUGUUAGACUGAGUGCUGGGCCCUUCAUCCUCCUUCAGACCACUGGCACUCUGUCUGCUACUACUAUCCCGAGGGUCCUUUCUUCUCCCUCUUCCAACAGAAGGCCACACCGUCUUCUAGGAUCUUGUCCCAUGAAUCUCAGUUGUUCCUGUCCUUCGGAGAAUGAAACACGCAGCCUGGACAUUGGCUCCACGGUCUCCUCGGGCUGAGGUCUUCCCCCGUGGGCUGCUCCUCCUCAUUCUCCUUUGCUCCUUGCUUCUCCUCCUCCUCUUCUCCUCCUCCACCUCCUCCUCGGUGGUGCUCUCGGAUUCCACAUUGCCCAUCAGCUGGGCCAUGGUGAGAUGAAAGACAUGGCAGCUGAAGCCCUCCUGGACGCCGUACCGCACGUGCUGCCGGAGGAUCUCCAAGGUGGGGAACACCCGGCAGCAGGCCAUGCACCUGAAGCCGGCCUCCAUGGUCACCAGCCAGUCCGGUGUCUUGGCCCUGGCUCUCUCCUGGACUGCAGCUGACCCUGAUGGGCUGUAUGGCUCUGCCCUUUCCUCACACUCUUUCUCCUCCCCAGUGGGCUCACUGUCAGACAGGAGGUUCCUGGUGGACACAUCAGAGCAGGGAGUACCUACCCGCACAUCCUCAGGAAGGGUCACUUCUUCUAUCCUCAGCCGCUUUUCUAGCAACCCCAAGGGUUUCUCUGUGUCCCAGGAGACAGCUACACCCUUGAUCGUUUUCACCCGCAUGUAGUAUAUUUUCAUGCCUCUUUCCUCUUUGUUUGUAUACAGAGAGGUCUUACUGAAUGAAGGGGAUGAGAAGGCGACACACUGUGGUGGGGGAGCGGUCUCCCCUUGUUCCUGAACCCGGGCUAGGGGUGCUCUAGGCCGGGGAGUGUCUCGAUGUAAUCUCCAGAUUCCACCGCGGAUGAGCUUGCGUGGAGAAGAAGCACAGAAGUAUUCAGAGGCAGAGGAGACCUCCCCUGCCCCUGGGCUGCAGCCUUGGGCCACCACAGGGGAUCCAAGCUGAGGGGGAUCCUCUUGUGACUUCGAGAUUCCUCCUCCCUUCUCGGCAGUUUCCUGGGACUCUUCACUUUCCAGAUGUUUCCUCUUUUGUCGCCGUCUCAUCGUACCAACUGGAAGAUUCCCUUAGAAGAUGCCUCACGUCCAACUACUCCUCUUCCCCACAGGUUGGCCCUUCUUGGCUUUUGGGAAAUCCGUUGAAAUGAUUCAAUACAAAUAAAAAUAGUCAAGUCUCCUAAAUGGCUGAAGAACUUGGACCACUUAGUGAACCAGCAGUACUGCUUAGUGCUCACCAGGGCUGUUAAGUUUCAAAGGUUGCCAGGCCUACAGCAGAAUUCUCUGACCUCAAUGAUGACAUCAGAGCAUUCCGUGGACCUAGGUUCAACAGUCUCUGCAACAGCACAGACCCCAUUUUCAAGAACAACUCCUUUUUCCCAGCAGAACCUUUCCCAUGAAUUCAACUCUCACAUCUUUCAAAUGUGGCAGGAUACUUUGAGAUGUUAAUCUGUUCCUGUUCAUUUUUUUCCUUUUCUUCCUUUAUUUCACCCUUUCCCUUCUGCGUUCAACUGGGUAGCAGACCCUUUGUUCACUGGCCAGUGGAAGAGCCCGGCAGGGCAUAGCAGAAAUAGCAUUCUGAUCAUCUUGGCUUUUAUUUCUAAAAUCGCAAACUCCAUGGAAAAGAGAGGAUACUUGAGCAGAAACAUAACAGAAGCAGGUUUUUGAAAUUAGGUACUGUCUUGUUUCCCUACUGGAGUGUUGAAAUGUGCUAAUUAAGUCAGAGAGAGAGGUCUGUAAAUCCUGGAGGAGAAAAGGCCUCUCAAGUGUGGCUGGAGGGGUAAAUGGAGCAAAAAUUCUAAAAGGAGAUGGCUAUAGUGUGCAUACAAGCAGAAUCAUGGCAACCUGUCCCACGCAUGGCACAGGAGCCACGAAACCUAAAGGAGGCAUGGCCCCCGAGCUGAUGGGCAUCUACACUUACAACUGUGGGCUCCAGUCAACAAUGAUCAUGCUUCCACCCACUCCCUCAAAACCUUGGCCCUGUAUGACUUCCAAAUAGGUACGGCGGAAAUCCAAACAGGACACCAGCAGGAUCAAGGCUUAAAAUACAAAUUACGUGGAGUCAUAAAAAAAUUUUUCGUACUAUUUCUUGCACACCUCUGCUUGUGGGCUGUAAUUUAUACCAGCUAUAAGUGGCAAUGCAUCUGGAUCCUCCUGAUUCCACUCUAGAAUUAGAGACACCUCAUUUUGAGGUAGUGGCCAGGAUCCAGUGGGAGGAUUGGUGCAUGGGAUGAGGUAGACUCCCAGAAGUCACUGCUUUCAUUAGAAAUACCACAUGGACUGAGGCGGGUCCCAAUUUGAAAGGGCACUGCAGAAUGACUUAAGGUUUCAGGCAGCGGGAGAGUGAAGAGAGGACAACUUCAGCCUUGUGAGGGUUUGCUGAUGAGAUUCAAUCUUCCUGCUUCUUGGAGAAUCCCUAAAUUUCGCCCGUCUUCUCACACCAUGUCCGAAAUCCUCUGAGCCAGGUGCAGCAGCUUCCUUUCACAAUGCUAGGACAGGCCACGAAACAGAUGAUAAUUCCUUUGCACUUUUCAAGGAGCAGCACCAAGGGAACAGUACCUGGGAAAUGCCACUGACAGCUCAGAAUAUCCACGGCAUUUCUACAGCCUCGGCACUGCUCUCGCUCUGCACAAUGGAUGAAGCCAAGGUCUCCUCCAUGAUUUCCCUUCUGACAACCUUAUUGUCUCCUCAACCAUGAAAGGUGAACUUGAAACUCAGGACCUUGCCUUGUCACCAGAAACAUCCAAGCUUGGAUCAGUCUUUCUGAGACCAGAUAUUUGCUCUGUGAACUGGAUCUGCUGAAGCAAUUUCUGACUGUCCGAGAGCCAGCAUGUACCGUUCCUGAACUGCCUCCAUUGUGGAUCAUCAGUAGGGCUGAGGCGUCUCACAACAGGAGGUCCCGACACGGAACACGGUGCUGCCGAGGAAAACUAACCAGCAGGACUCGGGAGGGGCCAGAAGACGGUGGAGACGACCAACCUCGCAGAGCCCUUCGCACUGGAAUCCAUCUUGGCUGAGAGAUCUAAAAGACCAAUCUUAAUGCUCAUCAGACACCAAUAGAUGUUUCAGAGGAAUGACUCUUGCCCUCAGUGUCUAGAAUUUAAGUUAAAUGGCCAUUCACGAUACUCACUUUAAUACAGUCUGUCCGCAAACGUCUGACAGAAACUUCAGGUGUCAGAACGGGACCAACAUGCCACCUGGCCUGGGAGCAGACCCCAAGGAAAUUUCAUUCAUUUUAUGCAGAGGCAAACUGUAAGAAAGAAAACAGACUCUGCCCUUAAUAUACACUUAUUAACUUACUGAGCCAAAUCUACACUAAAGAACAUUUUGGGGACUUCCCUGGUGGCACAGUGGAUAAGACUCCGUGCUCCCAGUGCAGGGGGCCUGGGUUCGAUCCCCGGUCAGAGAACUAGAUCCCACAUGCAUGCUGCAACUAAGAGUUCGCAUGCCACAGCUAAGGAGCCAGCGAGCCGCAACUAAGGAGCCCUGGAGAGGCAACUAAGGAACCCACCUACUGCAAGUAAGACCCAGUGCAACCAAAUAAGUAAAUAAAUAUUUAACAAAAAGAAAGAGACCAUCACUCUCCUUUAAAAAAAAAAAACAUUUUGGAGGCUCACAGGACAGAUUGCAAGAUAUUUCAGUGGAUGAAUUUCUGCAAUGCCAUCACUGUUGUAGGAUGUCUAGAAAAAAUUACAAAACAAUUUCAUGGACAUUCCAGUCCCAUGCCUGGCGGUUACGGAGUGAUGGGCGACGAGGGCUCCAUCGAUUACAGCGUUCACGAGGCCUGGAAUGAAGCCACCAACGUGUACCUGGUAGUGAUCCUUGUCAGCUUUGGGCUCUUCGUGUAUGCCAAGAGAAAUAAAAGGAAAAUUAUGAGGAUAUUCAGUGUGCCACCUCCAACAGACACUCUGUCAGAGCCCAACUUUUAUGACACAAUAAGCAAAAUUCGUUUAAGACAGCAACUGGAAAUGUACUCCAUUUCAAAUUCACAGAGACAGAAAGCAGAAUCGUCACCAGCAGUGGGAGAGGAAGGAGUGGGGAGUUACUGUGUAAUGAGGACAGAGCCAGAAAGUAUGAUUAUCAGCAGCCACAGAGCCAAGCUGACAGUGUACAGCUCUCAUUGGAAUGAAAUAUCAGAAAAUGAGCAGCAGAAAUGAUUGUUGUUCAAGACUGCAGUAUCCUCAACGCUGCUAAAUCACGAGCAGCAUUUUUUUAAAACUUCUGUCUCCAUAAAAUCAUUUUAUUUGUGACUUUUCCCUAAUUUUUUGGUGUGUUUUGUUUCACUUUUUUAAACCUCAUCUCCAAAUCAUUUGUUCCACAAAUUAGAAAUUCCUCAAAAAGCCUGAACACAGAGAGUCUGCAUGUACCUAGGAAGAUAGACUAUCACCAGAGACGGUGAGUUUACCUUGUGAAGACUUUGAUCCCUUCAGGAUACCAUCAGGAAAUAAAAACACAUCUUUGGAAGCAAGAGUCUGGAGCUGAUGCCACUUUGGAACUUUUUUGCCAACUUAAAAAAUAAAAAUCUAAUCAUUGGAAUAACUUCCUCUUCGACUGUGUUCUGGGAUAAAUAUAAUAUGGAUAACGGACUAACGUGUGUUCUUACGGCUGUUGUUACCUCCAACCGAAUUAACCGUCUUUGCUACUUCAGAAUUUGCACAGUAAACUGUCUUUUCUGCGUUGUGAAAUUGUGAUGCGUGCCCCCCUGCUAACUGUAGAAGUUUUCUGUGACUGGAGUUUGUUCCCCUUAAUCGUAUUCCCAGGAGUUUCUUCCACCAGAAGAGUCUUCUUUCGGCCGUGCUGGGGCUACACUGUGGCAUAUAUGGGCACCUCUGACCGGUGUCAGCGGCUUGCUUUUGGGUCAUGUGACCAUCAGUCUUUAAUGUAACUGUAUGGUUUCUUAGGCUUUUUUUAGCAUAAUAAGCUUCCCUGCAGACUCUCAUAUCUUGUACCAUUUUUGUACUGUACAUUGAAAUGUUUUCACCCAAUUUUUCAUAUUUAUUUAAAUAAAAGCCGGUUGGAGAUAGUGGCAGGGAAGUUCAACUGUCCAUAAAUUCGUUUUUGAAUCAAAACUAUAAUUUUAAGAGUUAGAGUUAAUAUUUCAAGCAUUAUUGCUUUUUCCUUUAUAAUUAUGAAGUAAAGAAUAUAAAUCUUAAAUGAAAAGGUUUAGACCAAAUAAAAUCAUUUCAGGGAAGUUGCAUUUACUUUUAAAAUUUAAAUCUUUCAAAUAUAUAUAUAUAUAUAUAUAUAUAUUGUACAAGGUGAAUUGUUAACCAAAUGGAAUAAUUCUUUCUUAACUCACAGAUGAGUUUGAACGCACCGCCUGUAUGUAGGAUGAAUACUCGGACUGAAGGAUUGUAAACAGUUACAGUUAUGGCCUGGGGAUAGCAGAGCAGCAAGGGGACAAUCUUCUUAAACUUUGCUUUGCUCUCACGUAAUCAGGAGCGGGAGCGCUUUACCUGCUGUCCCUGAUGUGUGGCACAAAUCUGGACGAAUUACGAAAACUGGCUAUCUCAGCUGAUUUGUACAGUGUACCUAAAUAAAUAUCAGUCACAACGAAA